CUGGCGGCAGCGUCAACCAAAUUCCUUCUUUCUCAAAAGACUUCGAUACGAAGAAUCGCGAAGAAGCAUAGUAACGUUGCUCCAAAUUAAGCUCAGCGGAAAAACCCUAAUCGUCAGGAUCGCUGCGAGUUACAGAGUUUGAUUCUUCCAAUUUCAGUUUCACUUCACGUUUCUCUGUUAUUUAACAUCCAUCUCGAGGUUUUGAGGUUUUAUUGAUCGAUGGCGACUGAAUCUGCCUCCGAAGUUUCUGCUAGUCCCGUGGGAUCAUACAUCGGGAGCACGAUAAGUUUGAUUACGAAAUGUGAGAUUCGUUACGAAGGCAUUCUCUACCACCUCAACAUUCAAGAGUGUACCAUCGGCUUGGCGAAUGUUAGAUCUUAUGGGACAGAAGGACGAAAGAUCGAUGGUCCACAGAUCCUUCCGAGCGAUGAGGUGUAUGAGUAUAUUCUGUUUCGAGGCAGUGACAUCAAGGAUCUGCAACUCAAGUCCCCCUCAUUUGCUGAAAUGGACAAGCAGAUUCAUGAUGGCUCUGUGAUCCAGUCGAAGCAUGCUGGGUUCUCAACCUCACCACUCUAUCCUUCAGUUGGAUGUGAAACAUCGACGGUCUCAAAUCAGAGCCAGGAUUCUCUGGCUUUUAAUAAUGGACAGUAUCCAAGCAAGUUGUCUUCACAUCAAUCUGUUGCUGCAGUGAUGACAUCUACUUCUUCCUUUCCUUCAGUCUGGCAAGAAAUUGGAAAUAACAAAGCUCAGAUUACGGGUAAACCUAUAUUCCACCCAACAUCAAUUCUUUCCAGGCAGUCUGUUCUGAAUACUGCACCUUCUAUUUCGGGUUCGGGUCCAUUGCUCACAUUGCCUGCACCUUCAUUAACUCCUUAUCAAUUAUCACAGUCUGGGGCAGAGGUACUUUCCUCCACAAAGAAACUGUGUGUUGAUGCAAGGAACUUGGGUGCUUCUAAUUCUUCGAUAUCAAUUGCUGCGGUUGAACAUCAAACACCCUCGUUUCCAUCUCUGAGAGAGAUGCCUCCUCAACAGUUCACUGAAGAAUUUGAUUUUCAAGCCAUGAACGAGAAGUUCAAGAAGGACGAGGAAGAGAGACAUUGGGCGAUACCUAGAGCUAAGCCUGCAUAUAACAAGGAUGAAUUCUUCGAUACAAUUUCCUGCAAUUCUCUUGAACGUGGAUCAAGGAAUGGACACAGCCGUUUCUCUAGGCCAAUGAAAUUUGACUCCGAGACAAGCGGAGGCCUUCCACAUAUGGGCGGCAAUGUUGGGUAUGGCGUUAGACGCGGUGAGAAUUUCUGGGGCUCAAAUAACUUGGGACAGGGAUACAAUUAAUGGUGGUAGAGGGCUUGAAGGGAGCAUGCCAUUCUGAAUCUUAGCCUCUUGUUUGUGUGGCCCUACUGUUAUUGAAUUGACAUAUGCACACAUCUCCUUGUAAUUAUUUCCUUCACCACCUUCACCUGGUGCACUUUGGGUUGGGUAGACUUUUGUAACUUAUAUAUUUGAUGCAUGCAUGAUUUUUAUGUAUAUUUAUG